GGUUCAGUCAGCCCAAAAUCUCCCUGGAACACCAUGCCUGGUUCAAAGAAGUUGGGUGAAGGAUCGAACCUGCAUGACAAGGACAACUGCAUUCAGUUGAAUGAUGGGAGGUGGAUGCCCGUUGUAGCAUUUGGCACCUUUUACCCAUUCACUUUUCCAGGAGCUCCAACUGCAAAUCCGGAAAUUUGCGCUGGCACCAAGCAAGAAACAGAGCAGAGUUUCAUUGACAAUGUGAAAGAGGCCACAAAAUUGGCUCUGGACCUUGGAUACCGCCAUGUAGAUGGAGCCUUUUUACAGCUCAGAGACAGGUGUUGGACAGGCCUUCCAUGAGAAGUUUGCUGAUGGGACUUUGAAGAGAGAAGAUCUGUUCUACACAUCAAAGCUUUGGAACACAUUCCACCAACCUCACCUUGUCCGCCCAGCUCUGGAAAAGACUCUCUCCUUCCUCAAGAUGGAUUAUAUAGACCUGUAUCUUAUACACAUGCCAAUGUCCUUCAAGCCAGCAGCAGUGCUCUUUCCAAAGAAUGAAGAUGGGACAUGUGCCUUUGACCAGCCUGACCUACUACAGACAUGGCAGGAGCUGGAGAAGUGCAAAGACGCAGGACUGGUCAAGUCCAUUGGAGUCUCCAACUUUAACCGCCGGCAGCUGGAGAUGAUCCUGAACAAGCCUGGGCUGAAAUACAAACCUGUCUGUAACCAGAUUGAGUGUCACCCAUAUCUUAACCAAAAACAAAUGCUGGAGUUUUGCAAGUCUAAAGACAUCGUUGUUGUUGCUUAUGGAGUUCUGGGAUCCCCAGGGGCCGGGAAAUGGGUGGAUCAGAGUUGCCCUGUCCUCUUAGAAGAUCCAGUCCUUGUUUCCAUUGGUAAAAAGUACCAGAAAAGCCCUGCUCAGGUGUCCAUGCGCUACAUGAUUCAGAGAGGGUGUGUGGCCAUCGCCAAGAGCUUCAACCCUCAUCGCAUGAAACAAAACAUAGAGGUAUUUGACUUCCAGCUCAGCAAAGAAGAGAUGGAGGCCAUUGAUGGGCUGAACAAAAAAAUGCGCUACUGGAAGUUCUCAGACUGGGAAAAGCACCCCCAGUAUCCAUUUCAUUCACAGUACUGAGGAUUAAAUGUAGAACAUUCCGUGUAUUGGAGAGACAGACGCACGGCUGAUGCUGCUUCCCAGAAACACAUGUCGAAUGAUUUGAUUUGCACCCGCUCUGCACCCUGGGAUUUAUUCUGGCUGCACUCUGAUCCGAUGUAUCCCAAUUAUUGCAUGAUUAAAUCUAUAUCCAA